CCCUUCACUCGGCUCACUACUGGUCGCCAUUGAGUCCAUUCGCCAGUCAACGCUCAGCACCCGGCGGAGUGGUACUACAAACUAUAGUUUCGUCUGACUUUUCACUCGGCACCUGCCCUAGCCGCCAUCACCAUGCGUGGGGAAACUACUGUUGCUACCGCCAACAGGACAUGGACUGGGCCCGUCACCAUACACAAACAGCAAGACAUGGACAUUCCGGACACCCCUGGGUGUGUGUGUGGUCGUGGAGGUCGAGCAGAGCAGAAGCAGGCCAAUGGAGGCUUGUGGCUCUCUGAGAGUGAAGGUGCAACUCCUUCCUCCUUGUCAACAAGUUUUCUGACCAAAAACAAGCCCUUCCCAAUCAGAGGAGAACGUGCCAACUAUGUGAAUACACCACAUGUGAUAGUGAUGGUGGGCCUUCCAGCCAGGGGUAAAACAUACAUGGCCAAGAAACUCACAAGAUAUCUCAACUGGAUUGGAAUCAAGACUAAAGUUUUUAACCUAGGGGAGUAUCGGCGUCGAGUCACCCAAAUGUACAAAAACCAUAACUUUUUCCGGAGUGACAAUGAGGAGGCGAUGGCCUUGAGGCAGAGGUGUGCCCUGGAUGCCUUAGAAGAUGUGUGUGAGUGGCUGGAAACUGAGAAUGGAGAAGUAGCGGUUUUUGAUGCCACUAACACAACAAUGCUCAGACGAAGACUAAUAUAUGAUAAGGUUGUGCUGGAAAUGGAAUACAAAUUGUUCUAUGUGGAGUCUAUUUGUGAUGAUCCAUCAAUCAUUGAGUCCAAUAUUAGGGAUGUGAAGAUCAACGGGCCUGACUACUUUCGAACUGACCCUGUUUAUAGUAGCACUCCAGGGCACCCUUGCUCUCAAGAGGUAAAGGUGAGCAGCCCUGACUACAGUGAUAUGACAGCUGAGGAUGCACUCACUGAUUUCCUGCAGCGGAUUCAGCAUUAUGUGGAUCAGUAUCAGCCCCUGGAUGAAGUUGCUGAGGAUCAUCUCUCCUUUAUGAAGAUCUACAAUACAGGUCAGAAAGUUGUGGUUCACAAGCACGAAGGUCACAUUCAAGCCCGCAUAGUCUACUAUCUGAUGAAUACUCAUAUCACUCCUCGCACCAUCUACCUCACUCGGCAUGGGGAGAGCAUCCACAACAUUGAGGGAAGGAUAGGUGGAGAUGCAGAACUAAGUGAGAAUGGUCGCAAGUUUGGCAAUGCUCUUGCUAAAUACAUCAAGGAGCAAAAUAUUUCAAAGCUGCGGGUGUGGACCUCCUGGCUGAAGCGAACCAUUCAGACAGCGGAGGGAAUUGAUGCCCCACAGGAGAGAUGGAAGGCUCUCAAUGAAAUUGAUGCUGGUGUGUGUGAGGAGAUGACCUAUGCUGAAAUUAAGGAAAAAUUCCCAGAGGAUUUUGCUAGUAGAGACCAGAAUAAAUUCAGUUUCCGUUACCCACGAGGGGAAAGCUAUGAAGAUCUGGUGGCUCGUUUGGAGCCUGUCAUUAUGGAACUAGAGCGCCAAGGGAAUGUGUUGCUCAUUGCUCACCAGGCUGUGCUUCGCUGCCUCAUGGCCUAUUUCCUGGACGAGCCUUCAAGUGAGUAUGAUGUCAUUCCACCCACAACCAAGAAUAACCCCAUGUGUAAUAGGAUUCGCAAUGAACUCCCCUAUAUGGAAGUCCCACUCCACACCAUCGUCAAACUAACUCCUGUAGCCUAUGGCUGCAGGGUGGAGUAUGUACCCAUUGACGUCCCUGCUGUCAACACUCACCGUCCAAAGCCCAAGAUUCCUGGAACUCUGGAGGAUGAGCUGUGUCCUGAGGUCUCUGAGAUGGACUCUUGAUGAUUAGUUUCCUUAGGUUAUGUGUUCUUAGGCGUCAUUAUUUGCUUUGUUGCCAUUUACUUUCAAAUGUAAAACCCAUUUCACCUUGACCAUGUUCACCAAGGCUGCCUACAUAGCAUGCAUUAUUUUUUACCAUUAAUAUAUUUUAUUUAACAAUACAACAUGAGCAGCUACAGUCUUGUUUAAGUUUUUCAAGUCCACUGUAGAAUAUAAACUAAGUUCAAACUUUUAUUGUGCUUUCCUCCCUUUUUUUUUUUUCUCUCUCUCUCUCUCUCUCUCUCUCUCUCUCUCUCUCUCUCUCUCUCUCUCUCUCUCUCUCUCUCUCUCUCUCUCUCUCUCUCUCUCUCUCUCUCUCUCUCUCUCUCUCUCUCUCUCUCUCUCUCUCUCUCUCAAAGCAAGUGCUUCCUUUUAUGUACAUGUGGGCAGGUUGUCCCCUGAGGAAAAUUGAUGGUUAUCUUUCUUUGCAUGAUAACCUUUAGCUCAUUUAUCUCAAAAUUUGAUGUACAGUUGGCCACACUUUACAAGUGCAAUGUCCAUUUAGCAUUGCCAGUGCUGGUUGAGAUAGUAACUCUGAAACUCUAGUAGUGAGUGUCACUUGAUCCGUUCAUUGGUGGUGAGGAGAAGUAAGGAGGGGGGAUUGAGGGAGGUAGCAGGGGUCAAGUGAAGCUCACUACUAGUGUUUUGGAGUUACUAUAUAGUCCAGCAUCAGUAGUGCUAAGUGGACCUCACAUACAUACUGGAAUGUACUACUCCUUUUUGUGUGUCAAUCUGUUCUCAAGAAAUUCUGAUAGCUUCAAUAAUGAAUUGCCAUACAUUGUGUGACUUGUGUUGUAUUCUGUAGAAAACAAAUGCUUAAUGUUGAAUCUUUGUGAUGAUGUCUACCUAAGUAUGGCAUGGAGUGAAUACUGCCUGGUUAAUUAGUACUCGUAUAUCAGAACAGAGUGCUGAUGCUAAGGACUUGAUGGUACUCCUUCCUUGUAUUUAAUUGGUGGUGCAGACACUGCCUACUGCACAUUAGAAUUACCUGAUAGCUUACUUCUGUAGGAAGUCUUGGAUACACAUCCUAUGAAGUCCCUUAGUAUGAUGUUUGUGUACUCCUUUGUGGGAUAAAAUGCUGCAUUUUGCCUUAAAACUAUAAUUGUACCUUGUGCAUCUCAAUCAUUUUCUUAUAUACAAUACUUUGGUAAUUUUCAAAAUUCAUUGCAGCAUUUGCUACAUCAAUAUUUCUUUGUUAAUAGAGGGAGCAUCACAACCAAAUUUGUAUCUAAAGGCCUGUGACUGGAUUGUUAUUUACUCAGCAUGAUUAGUUCCUACAUAAUUUUUUCCCAUUAUUUAUGUUUAUCUGUUUUAACAAAUUUCAAGUACUGGGGUUGUGCUCAAGGUUAUGAACUUUACUUUCAUGUAAUGUUGUUACAUAUUCCUUUGUAAAUAAUUCUAUGUUUGCAUAUGCUUAGUUCUAAAUGUAUAUUGAAUUCUUUUUAACUUUUAAGUUGUGAUGAAGUCAUCAUGGCAGUACACAAGCUGCUCUAUCAUAUAAUUCUUUUACAAAAUUUUCUGUAAGAAUAUUUCAAGAGAAUUCUUAUAUAUAUGGCAUUUCCCAAUCUAGACACCUUGUAAAACCUUGGAGAAAGAAAAAAAAAAAAGCAGACUCAGUACCUGAGUCAGAGUCUCUCGUCACUGGAAGAAUUAAGGAGACUUCCACAAAGGUUGUUUAUAGUCUCUCUCUCUCUCUCUCUCUCUCUCUCUCUCUCUCUCUCUCUCUCUCUCUCUCUCUCUCUCUCUCUCUCUCUCUCUCUCUCUCUCAUAGCUUGUUUUUCACUAUUUUCAAUAAAAAUAAAUUUGGGUGCUCAAGGUUGUGAUUUAUAUCUACCAUAUAAAUUGACAGACACACAUACAUACACAUAUCAUGUCAUUCUUGGUGGAUUUGUCUAAAGUAAAUAAAUUAUAACAUGUAAGCCUACUGUACCUUGAAUUUUAAAUGCAGUUGAGGUAUUGAUGUCAUACAUUAAGACACACAGUAGUACAGAAAAUAAAUAUUUGAUUUGGGCAUAAUUAAGAAGCAAUACUUGUUUACCAAGAAGAGUAAGAGAGGGAAGCCAGUCAUUCCCAAAUGAAAGAACCAUCUGCAAUGGAAGUGUUGUUUGUUAUUCAUAACUUGGUAGGAGAACUAAUUGAGCCUGUACCUGAGAGAAGGCCAUAAUUUAAACACAACUUAACGUGAUUGCUUCGACUUUCAUUGAAUCCAGUGAGGAUUUAAUGAGAUUCUGGAUUCAAUAAGGAUUUAAUGAGAUUCUCCAUGACUUACAUUAAUGACAGUUUAGUUAGGAUAAUAUUUCAGAUGUAAUACGAUGUAAAGCCCUGUCUACAUGAUUAUGCAGUACUUGAAAGGUCUACCUAUUUACUGGGGAAAGCCUGGAUAUUGCGAUACACAUAAGAAUGGUUGGCAGCAGUCAAUAUUGGGCACCUGUAACUCGUGCAUAAAGCCCUGUCCACACCAUGAGCAAUGACUGCAGACACCAACAAGGAGUUUGUCUGUUCACAGGCUCACUGCUUGUGUGCACAGACAAACCAGGAAAGUAUUAGUGUUGGUGGUGGAGGAGUUUCACCAGAUCACUCAUAGGUACUAUGAUAUCGCUGCCAGAUAUACAAAGUUUCCUAUGGCACCAAAGGAUAUUGAUAAUAUUGAUGCUAGUGAUCAAGAAACAAGUCUGUCCCUUCACUUGCAAAAAGAUCAGUGGCCUAGACAACAAAUUCCUUGUUUAAUAGAACUUUACUGAGAGCAUCUUUGCUCUCCCCCUGUCUCCUUCCUUCACAUACUUUAAACCAGCCUGAAAAGUCAGAUGCACUUUAAAAGUUCUCAAGUCCUGAUAAGGUGAGAGUUUAGUGCCAUAACAGUAGCUGGAGUUUUACUUUUAACAUAAGUUUGUUGUGGUUUCUUGAAACUAAUUGCUUGAUAAACCUGGAAUUAAUUUCUUGGUCAGAGUAGAAAAUAUGUAUCCAUGUUCUUAAUGCACUAAUGUAACCUGCCCUUUUAAAAUCUCUUCAUUUAUUCAUUCAUUAAUUUUUGUAAAUGUUUUUCUAUUAAAAAUAAAAAAAUCAUGAAAGCCCUGAUUUGAGAGAUUCAAAAUUUUAAAUAAUUUUUGCUUCUGUUUUGUUAAGUCUGCAUCUUUGCUAAAGUCAUUUAAGAAAUUGGUGCUUGACCAUAUUUUUUUCACAAACUGUACAUUGGCAUACUUGGCUUAUAACCAUAAUUCACUCCAAAAUCACCAUUGAAAGUAAAUGAUGUUAAGAUGGCAGGAUUUUAUUCCACAAAAAACAUUUUUUUUCCCCAUUUAAAAGUGAAGUUAAAUGCAUAUAUAAACAUCUUUUAACCUGCAAUGGUUGUAUGCCAUAAUCAAAGUAAAAAAAAAAAAAAAAAUCAGUGUAUUGGUUGUAAGUCAGAUGUGUUUUCCGAGUACCCCACUAUUAAUUUUUCACUCCAUUAUUUGUCCUCUCUCUCUCUCUCUCUCUCUCUCUCUCUCUCUCACAAAUCAUAACAAUAACUGGAUUUAAAAUGUUAUUCCACCUGUUUGGUAUAGUGUUAUACUAAUCUCAGGUGAAAAUGUAAUUUUUAAAUGUUGAAGCUUUUUAUUUUAAUACCUAGUAUUGUAAUUGUGUGUAACAGAUUUGGGUCUUGCCAACACUGCAGCUGCCAUAGAUAAGUUUUGGAUGCUUCAUAUAUAAUUGCUCAAGAUAUUUCAGUAACCAGUUAAUAAAAAAAAAAAAAAAAAAAAAGUGAAGGUGUGAGAAAGGAAAGUAUUAUUUUCAGUAAUGACUGUGGUGCUUGUGCAAUUAUACUGGUUGUUUUAUUGGUGAAUAUCGGUUUACUGUAUUUCCAGCAGUUUUAGAGCUGGGAUUGGGCUAUUAAAUGUUUGAUGUUUUGUCUUACUAAGCAAAUGGAUAUUGCUGAGUGAUAUUCAGGAAGUUUUUAAUGUUAUAAAUGCACAAUUUAAUUAUGAAUAUUAAUGCAUGAAGUAUCAGAUUUAUUGUGAAGUACAAGAUUUAGUCUUUGGUGUCAGCAUUUAUUGUAGAGAUAACCUUAAUUUGGCACACUGUUGGGCUUUGAGUUUGCAAGAUGCUUCACAAGACUGUUUCCCAAAAUGCUGUUCAUAAGUGGCACAUUAUCUCAUAUAUCCUGAUCUCCAUUUACAUUAUUACUACUAUUCAUUGUGUAUAUAGGUGUGAUUUAACCAUAAAAUGAACAUGUAUCAAAAGUGAUAAGCACUAAGUGAGAGACUACUUGCUGUGACAUUAGGUAGAAAUUACAAAGAAACAUGAGCUAAUUCUACUCUCUCUCUCUCUCUCUCUCUCUCUCCAUAGCUAACCUGUACCUAAAUGCUUUGGUUUGCAAUCAGAUUGUUCAGGAGAUCCAAAUGAGAUAAAGAAUUACAUAGUUCAUCUGAAUCUGAAUAUAUAUAUAUAUAUAUAUAUAUAUAUAUAUAUAUAUAUAUAUAUAUAUAUAUAUAUAUAUAUAUAUAUAUAUAUAUAUAUAUAUAAAGUAGUGAUUGACAUAGCUUAGGAAAGUAGCUAGUGCCAAAUAUUGUCAUACUGUCCGCUUCACUUAGUGACUUCCAUUAUUUGUAUAAUAUGCACAUACUGAUUACUAAGAUCUUGAGCCUCAUUCCCAAACCUAUUUUUCAUAUGGAAUUUUAUAUUUCUUGUAGUGUAUAUUGAAGAAAAAAAGAAAAAAAAAGUUGGUGUCUUACCAUAUACACAAAAACUUUUUUAAUUUUCAUAAUAAUUUUCAUAACAUGUUGAUGCCUUAUAAAUCUGAAACUAUUCUUUGUAUCUUACAUGCUCCAUGCAACUUCAAGAACGAACAUUUUUUUUAAGUGGCUCUUUUUAUUAUUACUUUAUUACCUAACAUUGUGCUUCUUGAAUCAUGUCAGUAACUUUUGCUUUACAUGCUGCUCCACUGUAGACAUCAAUAGUUCAGCACACAACUGCAUUGUAAGUUAUCCUAUUCAGACUACAUAUCUUUUUUAAUAAACCACAUCAAGUAGAAGUAGUUCAGCCAAAUUAAGAAUGAAAACCAAACUUCCAAAUUAGCGUUCCGUUGGAAAAUAUAAGUAUCACCAUAUUUUCGAGACCUUGAGAGAGAUAAUCAAUUAAAUAAAUAAAAAGAUUAAUGAAUUAAAUAAAUUAAUAAAUAAAUAUACAAAAAUAAAUUACUUUUGAGACUAGUGUGUACAGAACACAAUAUCAAAUUGCACCAAAAAUUGUUUUAAUUUAAUGCAUAACAUUUGAUAAAAAUUUUGAGUGAUUUGAGAGGUGAGUAAUUCUGAGAACUCUUUAUGAGAUGAAUUUUCAUUGUUCAGAAUGGCUAUACUUGUACGAAGAGCAAGUCAAAAUAAAUUUGUUACAAUCAAAUUAAUUAAUUUCAAAAUGAAACAAAGUAAAAUGAUGUAUCACGGUUACAUAAAAAGUGCUGAAUGAUUUGUAAAGAAAACAAAUUGAAUUAACUCAUGAGUUUGAGAACAGGUGUGUAAAAUACUUAAGCAAAAUGUGUAGGAAAUUGUGAGCAAAACUGCACUACGCCCAAAAGUUGGUCAGCCAGCAUUUCCCUCUUACUCUUCUAAUACCUUUUCAGUUACUGAUAUCAAAUGUUACACUUUACAGUCUGCUCUCAAAAAAAUAAAAUGGAUGAAAUCAGGUACAUGGGAAAAUCAGACAUAUGUUUUAAGACAUGGAAUCCAGGGAAAGCAUUAGUAAUCAAUCAGUGGUCUCCGGGUUAUGAAGUGCAUCCAAUCAAUCUACAAGUCCCAAAUUUUGUAACCUGCAUCACAACUGUUAUGGAAGAUUUUGCCUCUAUCAGUUCUUGUGGAAUAUGAUAAAUUUAAGAAAAUGCAGAUAGAAAUAAACCACAAACAUAUUUUCUUAUUGAUGGAAUGUCUCAUCACUUCUUGUGGAUCAUGGUGAAUUUAAGGAAGUGCUAUUAUAAAUAGUAACAAACCUAUUUUCUUAUCCAUGGAAUAUUGAUAUGGUAAUUUGUUAUAUAAGUGUAUAUUCCAUGAUGAAUAGAUGCUUUGAGUCCUAUUGUAAAAUAAACACUUGAAAAAUAC